AUACACAAACCAGCACCAACUUGAGCUCCUCCCAGAAAGGGUGAGGCAGAGAGAAGGACUUAGAUCUAUAAACAACAGAGCAGUGAGGAGGUCCAGACUCCAGAAGACAUUUCCAAGCCAUCGGAAGGUCCUUUUCCAGCAACUCUUCUCUCCGUGUCUCCCUGCUCUUCCACUGCAACCCCAAACACUCCACAACUUCUGUCCAUGCUUCCUGAGCAAAGGGGGUCUGGAUUCGAGUUUUGGCACAUCCCGGGAGAACUGCCUCUGCCUGAGAGAACAAAGAACCCUUCCCCAGGGAGGGGGUGACGUCCCAGGAGUGCCCCUGACCCCUGCAAGGAUCACCCUCUGCUUCCAGGAGCUGGUCACCCCACUGCUCAUAGAUAUGGAAGAGUCACUACCGCCCUCUCACACACCGUUAUCUGCAUCCUCCAACUCUCUGCCACCUGAUUCCAGCUGGAUCAUUCUAGAUGAGGCAGAGUUCAUAAGAAAUGAGAAUGACUGGUCAGGUGGGAAGCUGCUAGAAGUGGUCCCUAAGGCCAGAGAAGCUCUGAGGACAGUGUCCUGCACACCUGUGAACAUCGCAGUGAUGGGGGACGCUGGCAAUGGCAUGUCCUCCUUCAUCAACGCACUGCGGGGCAUCGGGCACGAGGAGGAGGCCGCGGCUCCCAUUGGGGUGGUGAGAACCACCCUCACUCGUGCCUCCUACUCAUCCUCCCAUUUUCCAAAUGUGCUGCUGUGGGACCUGCCUGGCAUAGGGUCUACCACCCAAAGCCUGGAGAACUAUCUGCGGGAAAUGCAGUUAAAUCAAUAUGACCUCUUCAUCAUCAUCGCAUCUGAACAGUUCAGCAUGAAUCACGUGUGGCUUGCUAAGACUAUCGAGGGCAUGGGAAAGAAGUUCUAUAUUGUCUGGACCAAGCUGGACAGGGAUCUCAGCACGCGUACUCUCUAUCAGGAAGACCUCCAGCAGAAUAUCCGAGGAACUAUCCUGAAAAAUCUCCAGGAGGAACAGGUGUGUGUACCUCUGAUAUUCCUGGUUUCCAACCUUGACCCUUCACUGCAUGACUUCCCAAAGCUUAGGGACACAUUGCAAAAGGAUGUCACCAAACUCAGGUGCCACGGUCCCCUGCAGAAACUGUUCCAAACCUAUGAGAAGUCCAUUAAUCACAAAGUGACCUCCCUGCAGGAGAAAAUAGACACACAGUCUUUCCAGGAUGUCCUUGGCAUCAGGAAUGCUGAUGAUUUGGAGGAGUGUCUGAAAGCCUACCAUCGGCACUUUGGUGUUGAUGAUGAAUCUCUCCAGCGGGUGGCACAGAUUACGGGGACAGACUUUCCACACUACAAGGACCUCAUGAAGUCCCAGGAUCUGCAGGCUGUCAACCAAGGGAGUUGGAAUCUUCCUUUCAUGAAUUGUACAGUCGUUCAAGCAUUCCCCAACCUUCUUAGCUACAUCCCCUUCCUUGGUAAUUAUUUCAUCCAUUACCUCAGAGGGAUGAAACAGAAAUAUUUCCUUUCAGUAGUUGCUGAGGACACAAAGACCAUCUUGAGUGAAGUCUUGAAAUUCAUCCCACAUGAAAGCCAACUUGGGAGUAUUCCGAAAGGCCCAUUCUCCAGUGGAAGACAGGACACUUGAGUAUUCUCUUCUCAGUAAGGCACAUUUUUCUCCAUUUGAAAUGAGAGAUAGUUAACACUUUCUGCUUAUUUCUAAAGCUUACAGAUUCCUUGAAAGGAAUUAUGAAAAUUGCUAAUCCAUGUAGCACCAGUAACAUGUACAAACAUUUGUUGAAAUCAUUAAAUAUGUUUAUUUGGGUCAUAAUAUAUAAAUUUUCUUUCAGUUACAAAAUAUCAUGUGUGUCAUAAUCAUUCUCUGUUUUUUAGGUAAUGCAUUAAAGAUAACAUCAUUUCUUCUCA